AUGAAUCAGGACAAAGAAGAAACGGUUAAUGUUGAAGAAGAGAGUAAAGAUGGAGGUGGUGCUAGUGAAACAACAACAAAUAGUGGUUCAAAUAAACCUCAAGCACUAACUGAUAAUGAUGAUGAUGAUGAUGAAGAUGAACCUGUUUAUAUUGAAUCAAGUCCAUGUUCUCGGUGGCAAAAACGACGUGAAACAGUUUCUCAACGUGAUAUUCCAGGUAUUGAUGCAUCCUAUUUAGCAAUGGAUACAGAAGAAGGUGUUGAAGUUGUUUGGAAUGAAGUUUUAUUUUCUGAAAGAAAAAUUAGUGAUAUACAACAUAAUAAAGUCAGUGAAGUUUUUAAUAAAUUAAUCGAUUUAAACCAUAUGAAUAUUGUUAAAUUUCAUGAUUAUUGGCAAGAUCGUACGAAAAAUGAUGAUCGUCCACGAGUUGUUUUUAUCACUGAAUAUAUGUCAAGUGGUUCUUUAAAAACAUUUUUACGUAAAACGAAAAGAACAAAACAAAAUUUAUCGAAAAAUUCUUGGCGACGAUGGUGUAUUCAAUUAUUAUCAGCACUAAAUUAUUUACAUUCAUGUGAAGAACCUAUUAUUCAUGGCAAUCUAACUUGCGAUACAAUUUUUAUACAAAAUACCGGCCUUCUAAAGAUCGGAUCACUACAUUAUCCUCAGUUGAAAGCCUUCGCUGAUUUGGGCGUCGUUGCUCCUGAUGUAGUACAUCGUCAUGUAAAAAGUAUAUCAGAUCCAUCAGCAAAACAUUUACAUUUUCAAGCUCCAGAAAUAGAUGAUGAAUUAAGUCAAAUUACAACAGCUGUUGAUAUAUAUUCACUUGGCAUGGUAACACUUGAGAUGAUCAAUCUUGAUCUCGGUGGUAAUGGUGAUACACAUGCAGUAACAGACGAUGUUGUGAAUGAUGCUAUUGCAAAUCUUGAUAAUCCUGUUCAAAAAGAUCUUGUUUUGAAAUGUCUCGAAAUCGAUCCAUCGAAACGACCCACAGCACGUCAAUUACUUUUUCAUCCAGCUUUAUUUGAAAUUCCAGCAUUAAAACUUUUAUCUGUUCAUUCAUUGGCAGAUGAUAUUCGCUCAAAACCAGAUCGUUCAUUUGUUUCACCAUUUCAUCAUUAUUUAUUAAAUGGCCAAGUUUUUGCUGAAUUAGAAUCAAUUCGUGAAGGUGUUAAAUCGGUUAUUUUUACUUAUAAAGAUUGUCCACCAUUUGAUUUAGAUAAACUUCUUGAAGAUGUUCAAAAUGGUUUACAUCCAAUAACAGCUUAUCAUCUAUUAUUUCCAACUCAUAGUACAUUAAAUCUUUCAGGAAAAUCCUUGAAUACAGAUAGAAUUUUAACAGCAUCAUCAUCAUAUUCAUCAUUAGCUGCAUCAACUUUCAUAAAUACUGAUACAGAUUUAACAACUUCUAUACAAUCAACAACAGAUUUACUUGUUAAUCAUCCGAUAAAUACAAAUGAUUCAAAUUUAACAAUAUUAACCAAUGGAAUUAAAUCACGUAAUGGUGGAACAACAUUUGAACGAUCUGCUUCAGGAACAAAUGAUGGUGAACAUAAUACGAAUGAUUUAAUAUCAACAAUAAAUAAUAAUAAUUAUAAUUCUUCAACAACAUUAUUAUCAAAUAGUGAUGAAAAAGAAAAUCGAAGAAUUAUUGAUAUACAAUGUAAACUUAAAACAAAAGAAACACGUUCAUGUUUGUUAUUUAUUAGUGUAAAAUUUCAAGAUCGAUUACAACGUGAUAUGACAACAGAAAUUGAUUUAGAUGAAACACCAACUAAUCUAGCAAAAGAAUUAUUAGAACACGGUUUAAUUCAUGAGAGUGAUUAUAUACGUGUUGAACAAUCAAUUUCUAGAGCAUUCAAUGCUACAGUAACAUCUCCAGAUGUACUUAAUAAUACAUCAACAUCAUUACUUGAUGUGAAAAAAACAGCAGUUGCUGCAGCUACAGCUGCACUUAUAACAGCUCAAGCACUACAAAAUCAGUUGAGUAUACCAUCUACUCCAAAUGGAACAUUAAUGGAUGGAAAUAAUACAUGCACAUGGACUAAUCCUCUAUCUCAACCAGUCACGUUUUUACCGACAUAA